GAGAUGAGCUUGGUCACCUGAAGGAAUAAUCCAGUUCUAGUAUCUGGAAGCAUGUGCUUUAAAUGUAAUGUGGCAGUGUAGUGAGGUUAUCUAUAUCAUUAGCUUUCGUUCCUGUUGUACUAUAUGGGCUGCUAAUGGACCCACCCGCUAGCUCGCACUCUGUGGUGCUAUGAGUUUAAUGGUCAAGGCGACUCACACCACUCGCGCAGAUAAGAACAUCCCACGUACUCGCGCGACAUCAACAACAAUGGCAAACCGUAGUCUGUUUUGAUAGGAGAUUUCGGAUUGGAGCUACAUGAUCUGAAACUCUAUUAAUCCCGUUUUGUUUUUUCUUGAAUUGGUGGAUUUUAUUUUUAAUACCCGCGUGUCCGUCCGUGCUUUUAUUUUUUCGCUUUACAUUUUUUCCGACAAUGUGCGAGACGCUGUUGGCAAGCUCACACAGUCUGUGCAUGUGUGUCCCCGCUGCUGCUUUUCUGCUGGGCUACAGCUACUAACCUAGCUGCUUUUCAGUCGGUGGUUAGCUAACUUUAGCCUGGCCGCGUUUAUUGACUGGAGGGGGGAAAAGACAAACGAAUGUAAAGCGUAUUUGUAUAGUCUGUUUUAUGACAACAGCCCCCAAUUAUUUGCUGAUCGUCACUGUCGGUACCGUAAGCGGUGUUGUAUGAUUUGUCGUAGAAAAUACUUUGCUGGCUAGCUAAUAGGCUAGCUAUUUGUGUGUAUUCUUCGACGGAGGAAAACGGCGAGUUUCCUUUGAAAGUAUGGAUGACCAGACCAGGAUGAUGACGGGUCUCACCGGACUAGGUGGACUAGCACAAGCCGAUGUUGGUGACCCAGACUCGGUCAGAAAACAACAGUCCCUCGGUCAGCCUCAACAAGACAUAGGGGAUAUCCUACAGCAAAUAAUGGCCAUCACUGACGAAAGCCUGGACGAAGCACAGGCCAGAUACUGGCCAGAGGAAUCGCCGGCGCAUUGGGGUGGAUCAGACGACCCCACAGAGGGAGGGAGAGCAGGGGGGGGCAUGGCAGGGGGUGGCCUGCCACUCAACUUCCAGCACAGGAAGCAUGCCCUGAACUGUCACAGAAUGAAGCCAGCCCUCUUCAGUGUUCUCUGUGAGAUCAAAGAGAAGACGGUUCUGAGUAUACGAGGUGUGCAGGAGGAGGACCCCCCAGAUCCUCAGAUCAUGCGGCUGGACAAUAUGUUGCUAGCGGAGGGUGUGUCAGGACCAGAAAAGGGCGGUGGAUCGGCUGCGGCGGCUGCAGCUGCAGCAGCAGCCGGAGGCUCCCCCACCGACAGCAGCAUCGAACACUCUGACUACAGAGCCAAGCUUGCCCAGAUCCGCCAGAUAUAUCAUUCCGAGCUGGAGAAGUAUGAGCAGGCCUGUAGUGAGUUCACCAACCAUGUAAUGAACCUGCUGAGAGAGCAGUCUCGCACACGGCCCAUCUCUCCCAAGGAGAUUGAGCGCAUGGUGGCCAUAAUCCACCGCAAGUUCAGCUCCAUUCAGAUGCAGCUCAAACAGAGCACCUGUGAGGCUGUAAUGAUUUUGCGCUCACGCUUCCUUGAUGCCAGACGUAAGAGGCGUAACUUUAACAAGCAAGCUACGGAGGUGCUGAACGAGUAUUUCUACUCCCACCUUUCUAAUCCUUAUCCAAGUGAGGAAGCCAAGGAGGAACUUGCCAAGAAGUGUGGGAUCACUGUGUCUCAGGUCUCUAAUUGGUUUGGCAACAAGAGAAUACGCUACAAGAAGAAUAUUGGUAAGUUUCAGGAGGAAGCGAACCUCUACGCAGUUAAAACAGCGGUGGAUGCGGCCAAUGUGUCGGCGCAGGCCAGCCAGGCUAAUUCUCCGGCAACGCCCAACUCAGGUGGAUACCCUGCACCCUGCUACACACCUGACGGGCGGCUAUGAGGAGUUGUCGGGUAGUGGCCUCUACACCCCUCAUCGCCUGGAUGCUAACAGCUGGCAGGACACCACCAACCUCCCCUCGGUUACCUCCCCUCCCGGUCCUCCUGGCAGUGUCCACUCCGACACCUCCAACUGAUCUGUUGGCUCUUCCUGCCAUCACUUCAGUCCCACCGCAGUUUGCUCUGACUACCAUCUUCAGUCCCUCUUUUUUUUUUCUUUUUUUCUCUUCACUACUUUGUCUCUCUACUCAACUAGAUGGCCACACAAGGCUUUAUUUACAUUUCAUAAACACACUGUGCUGGAACACAGGACAGCCGAACAGUAGCUAGGAGGACUUCUCCAUCCAGCUCUUCUGAAUUCAGCUCUACCCUUAUACUCAACGCUUCGUAACUCAGAUUUGAAAGGGGGUUGGAGUUUAUUAAGGCUGAGAAAACAUGUUCUGUUAAGGACAUUUCUGAAGACCACUCACCCAGCUGUGUAGAUGAUCAUGAUGUCUGUACAUUAUGUGUAUAUGCACGUUAACUUCACACAGUACUUACACAGUUUGUUCACGUGCUGUUGACCUCUGCACUUAACCCUUUGCUUUGGAAAACUGUGUGUGAUUGCCUGUAUCUCUUGAAGCCUUGGCAUUUGACAGCCAAACUGUUGAUACGGAUCACCAGGGAGCUCUGCUCACCUUGCUCGUACCAAAGUGCUGCCCCAGUAGUCGUCAACACAUCUCUUCCUCCAAGAUCACCCUCUGCCAACUCAAUACAAGAGACUACUGUAUCUUCCGGUCCUUAUAGCUCGAUGUGUUUCAUUCUGUUGGAGAUUUCAAAGACCCUUCCACAACAUACACUUUGCAACUUUACAGUCGUUUUCAUAGUGAGCUGACAUAAGAUGUGUCAAGCACAAACGUUAGCAUCCUUGUUAUGGGUGUCUCUACCUGUAAAAGGGUAGUUAAGGGGAUCACUGUUCUAAACCAGGCAGGACAAGUGAUAAUAGGGCUGAUGAGAAGAGGAGGAAAGGGCAGAGCGAGGACAACAUCUUUGGUUGAGUGGAUGUAACUAAUAGCCCUUUUUGUUGCUAACCAAUAGAGGGUGUUGGUAGAUGGCUUGUAGACUUUACUUCUUGCUUUCUGUCCACUAGUUUAUUUGAUUGUAGGCUAUUUUCUAAUGCUGUUUCACCAAGAAUGCACCAGCCACCACCAAAAAUUUGCUCAAUAAAGCAUCUAAAUGACGAUAAAAGAAGGGUGGAAAGAUUUUGGGGCAUUGAUGUGUUAUUGGGACAAAACGUGUCAUGAAUUUAGAAACGUGACUGUCUUCCAUGCAUGUAGGACUUCUAGGCGUGAUAUUGUUUUCAUUUAACCUUCCGAGUUUUUAGCUUCAUUUUUAUUAACAAAAAAUAAAGGGUAUAAUUAUUACAGUCAGACCAAAAAGGAAAAAAGUGCAUCAUGUAUUGCUAUGAUGUGUGUGUCUCUGUGUGGGCGUGUGUACAGUGUUCUUGGGAUGUCUUAGUCAAAAUGGCUGGUGCCCUCUGACCUUUGUAAACAUAGAGACUGGGUGCUUCCACCAGCCGAUCACACACCAGAUGGGGUUCAGCUGAGAUCUCCCCCCAAUCUUGAAACAUUUAAGCUUGUGAGCCCGAGGCAACACACUACAACCUUCUGUUGUACCAAAACCAAAAAUAUCAAGUUCAGUAAUGUAAUAAUGCUACUCUGUGUCUCUAAAGUUGGUGCACAGCCACCUUCUCAGUUUGAGGAGAGGAGGGAAUUAUAUUUGUAUCUGUGUCUCUCUCUGUGUGGUGUUGUCAUGCCUCAGUUGAUUUGAUUUUUGGGGCUUUUCGUUGUGGGGCGAGUAGUGUCGUAUCACACUUGUAAUUUGAUUGUGAGCAUAGAAGGAAUGCUCUCCUUUUUACCCAUCUUUUAAUACCUUCUGGUAAAACUACAAUUAUUUUAUCUUUAGUUCUAUGGCCAAUUGGGCAAGGGCUUCUCUCUCUCCUCUGUUACCAAAAAAGAGGCAGUCCUGGGUGUAGCAAAACUCUUAACCCACAUUUCAGACAACCCUGCAACAUUUUGGGUGAUUUCAUUGUUUGGAACUAUUUUAUACAUUAGCUAUUAUGUGAAUAACAAAGCAUUUUUGAUAGUAAGGUAAAGCCUUAUGAAGAUUUAAGUGUCAGUCAAGACUUUGUUGAAGCAUAUGUUACAGAACAAAACUUGAGCUUGAACGCUGAUCACAUGUGAUAUCCCUGAGUACUCGUUUUGUUACUCAUUGCAGUUCAUAUGACUGUAUCUUAUAAUGUUAUUGCCACACCAAAUUAUCACGCCCCCGCCUUUUUCUACCUGUUGUAAUGGAUGUCACUGUACAGUUUGUGUAAUGUUUCAGUAAUUUUUUUUCUUUUUUUCGUAUAUAAGUUUUGAUGUUUGGUUGAAAUGCCUGUUUAUUUUUGGCCUUUGUAUCACAGGAUUCACAAUAACUAUCAGUUUAAAAUAUUAUUUAGGUCUUUUGUUACAUACUUGGGUUGAAAUGUAUGCUAUACAAAUGUAAUUGUAUUUGGUGCUGUGGAAAGAUAACUGUAUGAAUUGAGGUUAUAAACAUUUUAUUUCAUGUAUUGAUUUAUGGAUCCACUUCCUUUCUUAAUCUCCUCCAAGUUUCCUCAGUUAUACAGUCACUUUCCAAAUAUUCCCCAAUUCUGGUGUGAAAUUUUUACCUUCUCAAAACAUUCCAAGAAACAGAAAAUUGCAGUUUAAAUACAAAAUUGGUUCUUUUGAGCUGUAAUAAGUCUCUCGGUUAUAUCUAAAAUGUAGAUACCUGUAAUUUCAUUAUUAAUAAAAACAAAAAAUACAGACAGCAAAUUUGCAAACAGGAGUCCAUGCUUUUCAGGUUUUUUGUUAGAAAAAAAUUGUUUUACAUUUAAUCUGAAGAUCUGUUUUUGUGUGCCACACCAUAAACAGUGGAUAAAGCCUAAAUACAGUUGUCCAAAUCCCAUAAUGUUGAUACAUACACUGUAUGUCUCCUUGACACAUUUCAGCCUUAUGAUUGUUUGGAUUCUGUAAGUGACUAAAUGACUUCCACAGCACCAAAUGGCUUCUUAACCCUUUGAUUUCUUUGAUUUUUAUUAGUCAAUUUGUAUCUCCCUUCUUUCCCUUGUAUUUACCCCUCUCUCUACCUCUGUCUUUCCAUUUCUCUUGUAUAUAACCCCCACUGUUUUCAGACUUGUGAGUCUGUAUGAACUCCUUUUAUACCUCAACUUUAGAAUUGUUCUAGAAAGAGUAAAACAAAAAGGAAGAAUAUGACAAAUUGUAGUGUUCUUAUUAGAAAAUUAAUAAAAUGAUUUAGUGUGAUUUUUUUUCCCUUCAGUAUUUGAUUUCAGAUUUUAGAAGUGUUUCAUUUUAUAAUUUGUCACAAAUGCUCUUGUGAUAGUCAAACGUAAUAAAAGGAGAGAUUGCACCAUC